UACUAGAAACCGAUAGGUCCCAGCUUUAAGGUAUCUCUAAUUUCCCCGGCCUCUCAUUUCGAUAAACCAGAUCCCACCAGACUGGACUGGACUGCUGAAGCACGCGGGAACUCGCGUGGGUUUAACCUGCGUCGCCUCGACGCCUCCCGUGUCACUAACAGCCUUAUCUCCCCAACCCUCUCUUAUCCCUUAUCACACAUAUACCUCAAGAGGCUUUCCCGGAGGCAGUGGAGAGCCGUCUGCAGAGAUCAGCGUUACUUGGUACGAUUCGAGGUCGUACUGUGGCAGCAGACCCUGUCUCUUUAGAAGCUUACCACGGAUUGUCUAGGCGGACCCCGAUAGUGAUACGGCGAAGCCGACCUCGAAGGAGCAGAUAGCGGCGUUGUGUGUAACCCGUCUAAUAUUUUCAGUCAUGUCCAACCUUGGCACUGUUCCCAGGACGGCUCCCAUUGCCAUUGCGCCUAAACCCUCUCAGCUCUUUUCUAUUCGCCACCAUAUCAACGACGCAUCUCUGAAUAGUAUGAACAGUAAUGAUUCAACCGAUUCGGAUUCAGCUGUAAGUGGAAACUCAACGCCUUGUGAAUCUUGUCUAAGAAGGCGAUUCAAGUGCGUUGUUGGAGAUGACGACGACAGCUGCGUAUCUUGCCAAGUCCGGGGGAUCCCAUGUUCUUUAAAUCAGAGCCCUCAGCCUCGUAAAAGAAAGCUAGCGCGUGACUCAACCGAGGAGAGUAACAGGAAGAGAGGCUCGCCUGGCAGGUCUGAUAACAGAAGACUGCGGCAACGUCAAGCUAGCUUGUCAAGUACAACUGCAAGCACUUCUUUAAUCGAGGAGAUGGCUAAUUUUGGCGGCCCAACUUUACUCAAGCGCACGCUCGGUCUCCAGGAAGACCGGUACAGCCAGUACAUAGGUCCGACCACUGACUUUGAGCCGUCCUUGAUCAACCUCUCUCCAUUCGACCCUCAAGAUGAGAGCCUUCUUGCUCGAGGUACUCUUAGGAAAGUUAGCGACAAUGAUACCUUUUUGAUGUUGCCUGAUAGUACGACCCCUGGUCACGAGCGUCAAUACGACGAUGUCGACGAAAUCCAGCGACUUGUGACUCCCUACGGCCGCAAGUUGAUUGAUCUCUAUUUCGAAGUUGUACAUCCCGCAUUUCCCAUCCUUCAGAAGAACGUCUUCUACGAGAAAUACGAUCGGAACUACCGGGAGUUCUCGCCGCCGCUGCUCGCUGCUGUUUACAUCCUUGCUAUUAACUGGUGGGACUAUUCGGAGGAGCUAUCAAAGUCCCAGCGACCAAACGUGCGAGAAUUGGAAAGGUUAAUACGAUCUUCUUUGGCUGAUGCUAUGUGGCGCCCGAAGCUCUCUACCGUGCAAGCCGGACUUUUACUUUCGCAACGACCCGAGGGUGACCAAUGGGCCCCAACCGCUCAGAUCGUGGCGAUCGCGCAAGAACUUGGCCUCCACCUAGAUUGUACGCACUGGAAGAUACCGCCUUGGGAGAAGGGUCUUAGGAAAAGACUUGCUUGGGCUUUGUAUAUGCAAGAUAAAUGGGGAGCUCUUGUUCAUGGACGGCCGUCACAUAUCUUCAGUUCUAACUGGGUUGUGCAGCCUCUAGCAUCAAGUGAUUUUUCGGAGGCAGAAUUAGACGAACAGAAUCCAGAGGAAAAGAUGGAUAUAGAGCGAGGUCGAACGUUGUUUGUUCAAAUGAUCUAUCUUACGCAGGUGCUAGCCGAGAUCCUCGAGACUUUCUACACGCUCGAGGCUAUGCAGAACGUGACCGAUGCCGGACCGCAAGGCACUCACCUUGUGCUGGGCCUGGCGAAACCCAUACAGCUUAAGCUCAAAGAGUGGUAUGCUGCGCUCCCGAGCGUGAUCCGUAUGGAUUCUUCUUUCCAGUCUGGUACCGUCGCCCCCGCCGUCGCAUCCACACGGCUAUCGAGCAUUGGAUAUCUGCACUUGGCUUACUUCGCAACGGAAAUCACCCUCCAUCGCCGGAUUAUCCGGUCUUUAGAGACAGAUUCACAGGCUGUCGACCCUUACGUCCAGCACAUUUGCCGUAGCGCUGCGAAAGCCCGCCUGAUAUCCGCUAUGGACUUUGUUAAUCGGCUGACGCCUCAACAUCUCCGAUCAUUUUGGUACUUUGCUUCAAAGACCAAUUUUGCCUUAAUUGGCACCUUUGGGUCACUUCUCUGGGCUACCUCUCCAGGUCGCGAAGAGGCGGACUGGUACCGACGCAGGCUUGGAGAGUAUCGCUGGACGUUAAGCGUUAGCAGUAAGCCCGGUGAAUCCAAAGGUCUUACCGAAUUUGCGAUGGGCAUGCUUGAUAUAUCGACCGGACUGCUGAAACAACUUCCCGAGAAACCGGAACUGAGUCGCAGCGGAAGCGCUAUCGAAUUCGAAGCCGGCAGGCGUCAAAGUAUUUUCUCUAUGGGUAUGGGUAUGGGUAUGGGCAUCACUCUAGGAGAGCAAUAUAGCAGUAUGGCCAGCGCCGACAUUAGCAGUAUCCAGAGUCCCGAAAGUCAAAUCGAUAGUAGCGAUGAGGAUUAUGAUACGUUUGCCCCAAUGGCUGGGCUGGCUGGCAUGGGUGACUGAGGAAGUCACGCGAGCAUUUCUUAUCGUCUUUUCCUAUUUUCUAACUUUUUAGGUGUCAUGAUAGAACGGGGUUUGCGAAUGAAGUAGGAAUAAAAAAGACAGGGAUGAGGCAAGGUCACGCCAUAGGCACGAAAUCU